GAUUUUUUUUAAUAAUAUAGGUAUUUUGAAAAAUUUCGUAGGCGUAUCAUUUGUUUUUUUUUUCAAGUCCAUUGCGCUGUAGCUAAUUGAAAGCAUCUAGCAAAGUUACAAGAUUGAUGUAACGAAAUUCUGUGCUCUUAAACGCAAUCUGAAUAUUACUUAAAAUAAAUAAUUCCUUCAAAGCGGAUAAAAAUGGAUGUAAGCGUCAAAGAAGAGGCUCCAAUUGAAAUAGAAGGAUAUGUCAUAAUAGACACCACAUCAAAAACAAGCUACAGUGACUCUGAGGAUGAUGGUAUUCGUCCAAGUAAAAAGCGAAAACUCUCUCACCAUGACGUGGACAGCGCUAAAAAACUGGAUGCGAAGGAAGAAAUGCAACAGCUUUUGCAGGAGUGGGGAUUGGCGGCUCUUUCUGAAACAUUCUCCCAGAAUCUAAUCGACUCGAGUGUGUUGGAUUACAUCUUGGACGUUGACAUUGUGGAUCUGUGCCGCGAUUUUCCCAUGCGCUACCGGUUGAUUCUGCGACACAAGUUAGCGGAAAAACGUGGUAAAUCGGUAGGCGGUUGUCCUAGAGCAGAUUCCUGUGCAUCAAAGGAAAAUCAUCCUCCAGCUAAAAGUAUCUCGCAGGCAUCGAUUAUUGCACAGGAAAACUGGUUAGAAUCACGCAAGCCUUCGCCAAGCGUAACGGUCAAACAUAUUCCGAAACGAGCCAAUGUGUGUGCGAUUGACAUGCUCCUGAACAAGGCCUUCGCAGAACGAUCCGAUGAUGAGAAACGACUUCUCGUUUCUAUGGAUAUUCCACGCCCAGAUUUGCCACAUCUUAGGAGCACAAGGCCAUCGAGCACGAAAAACACUACGAUAACAAGAAAAUUCCAUCGUUCGAGAUACGAUGCCACGUGGUGGCUGUGUGGUUCACCAAAACAUAACAGACUGUACUGUUGGCCAUGCCUGUUGUUCCACACGACGGAUGACAACGUUACCUGGCUGAGAAAAGGAUUUAAUGAUUUGAACCACCUAAGUGCCGCUGCGAAAGCACACAGUUCGUCACAAAGACAUAUGGAUAAUGUUACUGCAUAUGAAAAUUAUGGACGAUCCACGGUUGCUUAUCUGCAUUCUGCUCGAGAAUCUGCUGUUGCUGAAAACGUAUUAUCCGCAAACGCCCCGAAGAAGGCAAAAACUCCUCUACCAAAAGCAAAAUCAUCGACUAAAAACAGCGACAAGGGAGCACAAGGCAAGGAUACCCGCAAACGACUGGCGCAGGUCAAAGAUGAGAGCACAAGCGUUGGAGACUUAAAUCUCAAUAACACGACUUAAGUUCAAGAUUAUUUGAUAAAAAUGCAUAUUUGCCAUACGUUAGACUAACAUUUCCUGAAUUUCACAUUUUUUGCGAAAUGGCUUUCGGGGAUUAUAAUUCCAUUUUUUGUAAUCACCAGUAAUUUAAUAUGUUAAUUUGUCGGCUAUUUUAUGGUCACUGUUCAACUGAAACUACAAUAAACUGUAUUUUAAUUAGGAAUAAAAAAUGUUUUUUAUUACUAAAGCGAUUUACAGUCAGGUUUUUUUUUUACGCGAGGGAUAUGUAUGGGAUAUGCGUAAAAAAAACUCAGUUCAAAUUAAAAAAACCGCGUAAAAAACCAUUUCUCGACGAAUCAUGCAAAAAUAAGACGAUGAUCACGUAAAAAAAGACCUGACUGUAUAUGAAUAAGGUAGGUACUAGCAUGCUGUUCCGGCAAACUUUUGCCUGUCAUGUUGUGGUGGUUUGAUUACUGUUGAGGUCAUUGAAGCAUUGCACUCUAGAUUGGUUUCAUUUCGGUCGUGUUGAUUUUCUUUCCAGGUCUUCAAAAAUCAGUACUUUAUCAAUUUUACUAUAUUUACUAUACCUUUUUUAGUAGAUUUUCGUAACUUUUUCUACUUAUAAAAACAGCCAACAUGAAUACGAAUCGAACCGUGCAAUAGUCAUGCUGAUCUAUUCAUACCUUCGUGAGUUUUGUUGCCUCAAAGGGACUUCAGUCUCUUUUUUAUAUACAGUCAUUCCAUAGAAAAACGAUAUAGUGCAACUCCGAUUGUCGUGAAACUCGGUGGGUUCGUAGUUCUUCGAAAAUAAUUAGACCCUUUUUUUAUUUCGUCAUUAGGGUGGCCAAUUUUCAUAUAUGGUUGUCCUAAUAAUCAAGGUUUUAAGAAAUUCAAAAUUUUCAAAAAGCUUUUGAACCAGUUGACCGAUUUUGAAUUUUUUUGUUGUUGUUUGAAAGCUAUUGAAUUGUAGUUUUAAGAAAAUUACGUUAUUAACCGUUAUGUGGCCGGCAAACUUUUUGCUUUUUUCUACACCGUGUCUUUUAAAUGGGUGCUGGGUACCCGGGUACCCUGCCGGCCACAUAAGGGUUAAGUUUUUUUACGUUUUCAUGAUCUUGGGGCCAAAGGGGUACGCUGGUUUUAUAUGGCCAAAAUUUGGUUUACGUGGUUUAUGAACAGCCCCGUUCAUCAUCUUCGGUGUCGACAUGUGUAAUAUUUUAUUCACGUAAGCAUGAGCAUGAGCAUGAGAUGACCGUACAAUUGGGUUAUUAAAUUUAAAAAAAAAUGUAUUGAUUUUUUGAUUUUAUACGAAAGAGCAACUUUUUCUGAGCCACUAUGAUUUUUUUCAGAUUUUUAGAACUUUAUUUUAUUAUUUUUUUUUUUUUCAUAGUGAUUACGGCGGUAGCACACUGUGCUUAUGUUCUUACACCGCACCCUUUCCCUACGUUUGCUUCUAUGAGCCUCUAUUUUUGUUUCAACACACAGAAGUACGUAGGCAUAUCGUGGCCCAAGUCGACACUGUUUUGGCCUGCGUUGAACAAAAAUAGUUUUAAUAAAAGUUUCCCCUUUUUUUCUUUUUGUCAAUUGUUUUUUUUUGUAGUAUGGUCCAUGUAUUUAGUUAGGUUCUUGUCAAUUUGUCAGUUAUUCGAAGUAGAUCUCCAAUAUGUAGUCAAUAAGUCAAUUAAGUCAUUCUGAUCUGUUCUAUCAUAGCAGCUUUAGUCUUUGCUUUAUUGAAGUGUAGUUUUAUUGGAAAUAUGCUGAAUAUCGUUAUUAAAAAGAGACGUCUGGAACUGUGUCCUGCUAGUUGUUCCGUCAUGCACUAAUAAUGCCUAGGAGAUUAACGAAAACACGUGUGUUCGGUCAGCUGUCCAUUGCGUAGAAAGUCAAGGAAAAUAGGUUUCUUUAUUGUCAGUUGUUAUGUAAGCCUCGCUUGAAGCACUUCCCGUGAGAACCCUGUCAUCUGUACACCAACUAAUCCGUAUCUUCGUACACAGCUAAAUAUUAUACUGUCAACCGGCGAGAAGCCUAUGGAUAAAUAUUUAAAAAAAUGAAUAAUAAUGCUGUCUAGCGCGUUGUUUUCUAUCAGCCACUAUUUUAGUCUAGUUCCCAACUGCAAGCUUUUUUCGAAUCUUAUCGUCAAUUGUCUUCUAGAUUCCCCACGGAAUUGAUGAGUAGUGAGUUCAAUGCAGAGAACCCCCCCCCCCUCACACUCCCAAAUUGUGGUAGCCCCCCGCUAAACCUGCAAACCAGACCCACCCCCAGCCAAAAGCUCUAGCAGAUGUGGACAAACCGGUGCUCAACGUGCUCUCCCAUCGUGGCAACAUCAAAUAUGUGGACUGUACAACAAUAGUAGUUUUAAUGAAAUGAAUACUAAGAAUUUAGGCCGACACUCGAAGUGACGAACUUUACAGUGCUAGUUGAGUAAAUACACGAAAGAUGGGUAACAACAAAUGUGCACAAACAGAUGCAUAACAAUAUGCAUGUAAAAAAAGGCCGCAACUAUCCAUGGUAAAUUUAAAAUAAUGACAGCGUAAAUAUAAUGGAACAGACUCACCGAAUUGAGCUCCAAAAUGCCCCCUAGACGAUGGUAUUGUUCACUUUUUGUAGCCACGCGUUGUAGAAAAUGAACCUGAAAUGACAAGAAGACAGUGGGCCGCCAAACUCCAUAAAAUGGCGGCCCGGAAAUUUUAGUAUUCUGUUUAUAGCAUUGUUGAGCAUCAUAGAGAGCAUAAUUUAUAUUCAGUUUUAAAUAGGGUGGGGCGGGGCAAGAUGGGUCGCGGGGCAAGAUGGGUCAGUGCCAUUUUCGGGCGCAUUACUCAUGUUUUGAUUAUGUUAAUAAUUUUGUUAGAUGACCAGCAUGAAUAUACAAAAGUUUGGGGCAUUGAUUGAAAAAUUAUUCACUCUCAUUGGAAAUGAAAAAUAAAAUGGUUUUUAGCCAUUUUUCUUAUGCGAUACAUUCCAUAUAUUCUCCAUAUAAACGGCCGCGGGGCAAGAUGGGUCACCUUCAAUUUUGAACGUAUUUUUGGAGCAUUCAAAAGUUAUUUAUUUUUUAUUACAAGACUAUCUCAUAACUGACUUCAAUCAAGCGGAAUGAACGCUUAAAAUUAUAACAUAAAAUUAUGAUAUUUUUUUAGUGAAAACAUCGAUUUUCAAGUCGCCUGAGGACCACUCGAAUCGUAAAUUUUUUUAUAUUCCAAAUAAAUUUAUAAAAUGUUUACUAGUAGCUCUUGUUUACUCAGUAUGGAUAUGGAGCAUACAUGAAUGCGGAACAAAUCUUAUAUUUUGACGUUUUUCGUUGAGAAAAUGUGAAUUACUUAAAAGGUGACCCAUCUUGCCCCGCCCUUUUUUCGCGGCGCAAAAUCGAUCACUUUUUAAAACUGCUUGUUUAACAUCAUAUUUUGUGUUUAAUGAUCUUUUUAUCGACUUUUAGCAUAGCUAACUAGUGUAUUGAAGAGUAGCGGACGAAUACAAACCAAUACGAUUUGUAUUUACAAAGUUAUGGUGAUGCAUCCUUAGGUGACCCAUCUUGCCCCGCCCCACCCUAUAGUUUCUUGUUACUAUGCUAAGAAAUAGAGAGAUUCAAAAGUUUUUUUUUCUACCUGCACCAGUGAACUUCUUGAGUGAACAGCAUUCAACAUCUAAAAUUUAGAUUCUAAAUUGUUCAUUCACUAAUGCGAUUUUCUUAUCACCCUGCCCUGUCUUGAUUAGAAGAUAUAAGUAAUGCAGAGACAUCCCACAUGCACUCUUGCAUUACAUAAUAAGGUUGGACCCUGCUGCAAAUGUCGUUAUGCUAUCCACUCCUGAGUUUAUAGUUGCUAUAAAAAUAAUUUCGAAGAAGUGAAAAAGAAUAGUACGAAUCAACUUGUUAAUAAAAUGCUGCUACUAUUACUAUUACUACUACUCUUACUACUACUACUAAUACUACUAUCAAAAGUGCAAUGAGUGAUCGUUGGCUUCCCAGUCUUGUUAGUAGUUAGAGGGUUAGUAUAGACUGGUAAUAAGCCCUGUCGGUCCCCCCAGCACUGCGCGUAAUCAACUGUUGUUAGAUCAUGCGACAGCGAUUAAGCGUAUGCUGGAGGCAUGACAAAUCAAGCGUUUAAAUUAAAGUCAAUAAAGCAAUGGUAUGAUUAUUCAGA